CCCAGAACAUGCGGCAGUCCCUACGGGCGAUCCCGGGCUGCGGAGAGGCGGCGGCGCCGGGAGAAGCGGCGGAGACGGACCGGGCCCGGCGCGCAGCCCUAAGGGAGGCUGUUUGGCGCGGCCUCGGGCCUCGUCGAGAAGGAUGCUGUCCCGAAAGAAAACCAAAAACGAAGGGUCCAAGCCGGCCGAAGUGCAGGGGAAGUAUGUGAAGAAAGAGACGUCGCCGCUGCUACGGAAUCUUAUGCCUUCAUUCAUCCGGCAUGGUCCAACAAUUCCAAGACGAACUGAUAUCUGUCUCCCAGAUUCAAGUCCUAAUGCCUUUUCAGCUUCUGGAGAUGGAGUAGUUUCAAGAAACCAGAGUUUCCUUAGAACUCCAGUUCAAAGAACACCUCAUGAAAUAAUGAGAAGAGAAAGCAACAGAUUAUCUGCACCUUCUUACCUUGCCAGGAGUCUAGCAGAUGUCCCUGGAGAAUAUGGCUCUUCUCAGUCAUUUUUAACUGAAGUUAAUUUUGCUGUUGAAAAUGGAGACUCCAAUUCCCGAUUCUAUUAUUUGGAUAAUUUUUUUAAUGGCCCAUGUAGGCGUCCAGUUGGUGAUCGUGUACAUGAAGACUACAGAUAUUAUGACUACAACCACGAUCUGUUCCAAAGAAUGCCACAGAAUCAGGGGAGGCAUGUUUCAGGUAUUGGGAGAGUUGCUGCUACAUCUCUAGGAAAUUUAACUAAUCAUGGUUCUGAAGAUUUACCCCUUCCUCCUGGCUGGUCUGUGGACUGGACAAUGAGAGGAAGAAAAUAUUAUAUAGAUCAUAAUACAAAUACAACUCAUUGGAGCCACCCUCUUGAACGGGAGGGACUUCCUCCAGGAUGGGAACGAGUUGAGUCAUCAGAAUUUGGAACCUACUAUGUAGACCACGUAAAUAAGAAGGCUCAAUACAGGCAUCCCUGUGCGCCUAGUGUACCUCGGUAUGAUCAACCACCUCCUGUCACAUACCAGCCACAGCAAACUGAAAGGAAUCAAUCCCUUCUGGUACCUGCAAAUCCAUAUCAUACUGCGGAAAUUCCUGACUGGCUUCAGGUUUAUGCUCGAGCCCCUGUGAAAUACGACCACAUUCUGAAGUGGGAACUGUUCCAGCUGGCUGAUCUGGACACAUACCAGGGAAUGCUAAAGUUGCUCUUCAUGAAAGAACUGGAACAGAUUGUUAAAAUGUAUGAAGCUUACAGACAGGCUCUUCUUACAGAGCUAGAAAACCGCAAGCAGAGAAAACAGUGGUAUGUCCAGCAACGAGACAAGAAAUUUUAA